UGAGCCUUUGGAGGAACCGUAGUUCGCAGCUUGUGACGCUUCGAACCCGAAAGGCGUGUUGGUUCCGACCUCGUGGGUCGGAAUCUUUCCGGCCGAACCGGUCCCGAGGCUGCAUCCAUAUAUACAAAUACUUUAUAGAAGACUGGGAGUACAGCACAGGAGGGCAUCAGAGAUCCUGUAACAACAGUAAUGAAUUUCAGAGAAGAAAUUAUGAGUUUGAUAGUCCCAGGACAAUUUGAUGAUGCUGACACUUCAGACAGUAGCGAACCUUUGCAGGUUGUUCCAGCAUCUCAGGAGGAGAAGGUGGUGGUUAAAAUGCAAGAUUCCCAUCUGAAUGAGGAAGCUGAUGUGGAUGAAUCUGAUGAGAGCUCUGAGGAUGAGGAAGAUGGAUGGGAUUGGGAUGACGAUAUGGGAAAGCUGACAAAACGGAAUCCAAUGGCUGGAGGAAGAAACCCACAGGCAAAUAAACAAACUCCCAGCAGCAAUGCAGCCAAAAUGUCUACACCUACAGGCAAAGCAUUAAGAAAGUUUGAGAAUAAAAUCAAUUUAGACAAGCUGCGUUUUGCUGAUUCUGUUAUAAAUAAAGUCACAGAGAAGUCUAGGCAAAGAGAAGCAGAUAUGUACCGGGUAAAAGAUAAAUCAGACAGGGCAACAGUAGAACAAGUCCUGGACCCAAGAACACGAAUGAUUCUCUUCAAGAUGCUUAGCAGAGGUGUGAUAUCUGAGAUCAACGGUUGUGUCAGCACUGGAAAAGAGGCUAACGUGUACCACGCUAGCACUGCAAAAGGCGAGAAUAGAGCAAUAAAGAUAUAUAAAACUUCUAUUUUGAUGUUUAAAGAUCGGGAUAAAUAUGUGAGUGGAGAAUUCAGGUUUCGUCAUGGAUACUGUAAAGGAAACCCAAGAAAGAUGGUCAGGACAUGGGCAGAAAAAGAAAUGAGGAAUUUAACCAGGUUAUAUACAGCACAGAUCCCAUGUCCAGAACCCAUUAUGUUAAGAAGUCAUGUUCUUGUGAUGGGCUUUAUUGGCAAAAAUGAUAUGCCCGCUCCUUUGUUGAAAAAUGCCCAGUUAUCAGAGUCAAAAGCUCGAGAGUUAUACCUGCAAGUCAUACAGUACAUGAGAAGAAUGUACCAGGAUGCCAAGCUUGUUCAUGCAGAUCUCAGUGAAUUUAAUAUGCUGUAUCACAGUGGUCAAGUAUAUAUUAUCGAUGUGUCCCAGUCUGUGGAGCACGAUCAUCCCCAUGCUUUGGAAUUCCUGAGAAAAGACUGUGCCAAUAUUAACGAUUUCUUUUAUAAGUACAACGUUGCGGUGAUGACUGUGAGGGAGCUUUUUGAGUUUGUCACUGAUCCAUCUAUUACGAAUGAGAAUAUGGAUGCCUAUCUUGAAAAGAUAAUGGAAAUUGCAUCUGAAAGAACAGUGGAAGAAAGAUCCAAUCAGAAUAAUGUAGAUGAAGAGGUGUUCAGGAAAGCCUAUAUCCCGAGGACUCUGACAGACGUUAAGAACUAUGAGAGAGAUGUGGACAUAAUGAUGAAGCUGAAGGAAGAAGAUUCAGCCCUCAGUGUGCAGCAAGAUAAUAUUCUCUACCAGACAGUGACAGGAUUAAAGAAGGAUUUAUCUGGUGUUCAAAAGGUGCCUGCACUCCUUGAAAAUAAUAACAAUGAGGCAGAUUCUAAUGAUGAGGAUGAAGAUGAUAGCUCUUACAAUUCAGACUCAUGUUGUAAGGAACAGGAAGACUUGGGGCAUCUUAAAGACCAGCCUGCUGAAACAGAUGUUGACAAAAAGGAAAGGAAGAAAAUAGUCAAAGAGGCUCAAAGGGAGAAGAGAAAACACAAGAUUCCAAAGCAUGUAAAGAAGCGAAAGGAGAAGAUAGCAAAAAUGAAAAAGGGCAAAUAAAUUCUGGUGAUCGUUUUAAAAA